AUGGCCUCCAGAGCCAGAAUUCGUGACCUUCAACUGGGUAUACGACUUGCCUCGGUAUGCCUUUUGGGUAUAUUUAGCUCGGUAGUAGCUCAAGACAGCAUUCCUGUGGUUAUCUCGGCAGCUCCGGAAGCUCAAACCACCCUCCCACCAGGCGAUGUGAAGGGCACCUAUAUCUAUUCCUACGGAGAUAUUACGCCGCUUGCUGUGCGUUCAAAGCCCAAUGCGACUUUGCGGUCGGGUGUGAUGGUUCAGUUUUAUUGUUCAAUGGAAAGCCACAUAGCACUUGGUUUCCCUCACCACUCACAAGCUGGAUGGACUGGGCGAAGAAAGACAUUGGCAGAGAGCGGAUACUCGGAACCUGACGUACAUGCCCACGAUCCUCCCUAUAAUCAAGCCAAAUAUGGACAGUUUAGGGAACCAGAGAAGACAUCUGAUACUCAUCCUGUUUGCGAGCUGGAGGCAACGGAGGUGCAUCAAGUACCUUUCCGGGGAACAGGUGCAGCGAUGCGAUUAAGAGGAAUUCAGCAAAUAAUAACCACGUACGACCAUGACUGGUAA